CAUUGGCUGCCAGGCAAGGCAGAGGCGGAGAGUGCCCCUGAAUAUUCCUCUCCUCCACACACCAUAAAGCAGGCAGCCAGCGUGCGCUGCCUGACAGCGAGGAAGGUGCUUGCAGUUUGAGACUAGUUCCUGCUCGGCAGCAGCCACUUGGGCAUUUUCUGUUUACCUCUCUUAAUGGAAGGGAAGGGGGGGAAAAAAACCACCUUGCAACGUGUAUCUGUGAAUUAAACGGGAACCGAACGUAAGGGAGGAUCCGAUGCAAACUUGCAGCUGGUUGUUGGGACUUUAUGACAUAGGCAACUGGGGUGAAUGUGGUGAUGGUCAGAAACUGCAUCUGUGAGACCAAAACAGCAUUUCUGAGUUUGAAAACCUUCUUUUGUGUUAGCAGCUAAAGUAUUCUGAACUUGGUUCUUGCUUUGGUGCUGGAUCUUUUUUUUUUUUUUUUCAUUUUCUUCUCCCACUGAAAAGCCAAAGGAGGAUUUUUACAGGAUGCAAAAAGGACAGAUUUAAAAGCAGGAGGCUGAAAAAGGCUCUCCCUAAGAUGAAUUUCACCCAUCAGCGUGGGACGCUCCAGCCUCUCCACUUCUGGAACCACAGCCAUGGAGCACACGGAGGUGCCGUCGAGCCCAGCGCCAAGGGUCACUCCUCAGGAGGCUGCUACGAGCAACUCUUCGUUUCUCCUGAAGUGUUUGUGACUUUGGGCGUCAUCAGCUUGUUGGAGAACGUCUUGGUCAUUGUGGCGAUAGCCAAGAACAAGAACCUCCAUUCGCCCAUGUACUUCUUCAUCUGUAGCUUGGCAGUGGCCGACAUGCUAGUGAGCGUAUCCAAUGGAUCCGAAACUAUUGUCAUCACGCUGCUAAACAACACAGACACAGACGCGCAGAGCUUUACCAUAAACAUUGACAAUGUCAUUGACUCAGUGAUUUGCAGUUCCCUGCUUGCAUCAAUUUGCAGUCUCCUCUCAAUAGCAGUGGACAGGUAUUUCACUAUCUUUUACGCCCUCCAGUACCAUAACAUCAUGACGGUGAAGCGCGUAGGGGUCAUCAUCACAUGCAUCUGGGCGGCUUGCACGGUGUCAGGCAUUUUGUUCAUCAUUUACUCUGACAGCAGUGUCGUCAUCAUCUGCCUUAUCAGCAUGUUCUUCACCAUGCUCAUUCUCAUGGCCUCCCUCUACGUCCACAUGUUCAUGAUGGCCCGGAUGCAUAUCAAAAAAAUUGCAGUUCUUCCGGGAACUGGCCCUAUUCGCCAAGGGGCCAACAUGAAGGGGGCCAUCACUCUCACCAUCCUGAUUGGAGUUUUUGUUGUGUGCUGGGCCCCAUUUUUCCUGCACCUGAUCUUUUACAUCUCCUGCCCCUACAAUCCUUACUGUGUUUGCUUCAUGUCUCACUUUAACUUUUACCUUAUCCUCAUCAUGUGCAAUUCCAUCAUCGAUCCUCUUAUCUAUGCAUUCCGGAGUCAGGAGCUCAGGAAAACGUUCAAAGAGAUUAUAUGCUGCUGUAGCCUUAGAGGGCUUUGUGAUUUGCCUGGCAAAUACUAAACCAAGGUGGAUAUGUCAUUGUGCACACAUCAUGCAGCAUGCAGGAGCAGGUUUCCAAGCCUCCAGGUCCUAUUUUUCUCGGCAGAACAUGGGCUAUAUCCUUAAUAGUGAAUGACUCUCUCUCUCUCCUCUCCUUCC